AUGAUUGAUUUACAAAUAUAUUUUCAAGAAUUAACUGACGAAUCUCUUCUAAUUGAAACCAAUUAGAAAAUUUUUGAGACCUAAUACAUCCAAAUAGUUCCAUUCUUAAGGGAUAAGGUUGAAAUAACUGCUCUCACUCAAUUAGAUGAUUAUUCUAAGAUUUACGAUUUUGUCAAUGAGAAUCUUAAGAAUACAAUAUAAAGAUGUGAAUUUCUUUAGACAGAGAUCACAAUCUUUUAAAUAAGCCAAUCUGCUUUGUUGGUGUGUUCCAUUUAUAAGAUUACACUUCAGAAGAUGAAGAAUUCAUUCAAUAUACACAAUUCAAGAAUAACAACACUAGCCUUGGCAGCAAUAAUUAAAUCAUUAUUAUAGGUAUAGAUAGAAAUGUGCAUAGCUCACUCACUACCUUAUCAUAUAUGAUAGAUAGUUUUAAGCAUCAUCAAUCUACUACUAUCGCUUAAAUUACCUCUUUUUGGUAGAGGUUAGUUUUUAAUUUGUAAUUUAUUCAUACAACUCUCAUAAGCAAUUAACUCUUCUUUCUAGAUGUAGCACAACCAGAAAAUCUUAGAUCAGACUCAACUCCUGAUAUUUACCAUCUAUGA